AUGAAAGAAGAUUUUGAUAUUUAUGGAGAUGUUACUAUUUUUGACACCACAUAUAGGACGAACAAAUAUAAUCUUAUUUGUGCGCCAAUUGUGGGUGUCAACAGUCAUUGGAAAAAUGUAAUGUUUGGUUGUGCUUUUAUUGCUGAUGAGAAAAUAGAAACAUUUGAGUGGGUAUUAUCUACUUUUAAGAAAUCAGUUGGUGGAAGUGAGCCAGCCUCAAUUUUUACCGACCAAGACUUGGCCAUGUCAGUUGCAAUUCAAAAGGUUUUCCCACACUCAAGACACAGACUUUGCAUAUGGCAUCUAAUUAAGAAUGCAGUGUCAAGAUUUGGAGCACUAAAAAGAGACACAACUUUUAAAGAUGCUUUUAAUAAGUGUCUAACAGGUUGUGUAACAGAAGAAGAGUUUGAGCAUUGUUGGACAAUCAUGAUAACUACUUACAAGCUAGAAAAUAAUAGAUGGUUCAAAAGAUUAUACAGCUUGAAAGAAAAAUGGUGCACUGCUCUCAGUAAAGACUUUUUUUCAGCAGGAAUACUCUCUUCUCAAAGAAGUGAAAGUGCAAAUAAUGUUGUAGGUUUCAAGGCAAACAAGAACACAAGCUUGACUGAUUUUUUCAAGAUAUUUAAACAAACAGUGACUAGGUGGAGGAACAAUGAAUUUGAUGCAGAUUUCAAAUGUUCCAAUUCUAAACCAACUUCAAAUUUACCGUUCUAUGGAAUGAUAAAGCAUGCAGCAGAGGUCUACACACAAACCAUAUUCAGAUAUUUUGAAACAGAAUUUGAAUUUUCAAUUGGAUGCGUAACAAAUCUUCAAUAUCAAACUCAAGGUUACUUCUUUUAUGAAGUGAAAUUAGAGAAUAAUGAAGCUUCAAAGCAAAAAGUUACAUUCAACAUGGCAGACAGCAGCAUAGCUUGUUCAUGCAAAAAUUUUGAAGAAGUUGGGUGGUUAUGCUAUCACUGUAUCCAGAUGUUACAACAGCAUUCAAUCACCAAAAUACCAGACAGAUAUAUCAUAAUGAGGUGGACAAAAUAUGCAAAGGCACAUGUAUGGAGAAGAAGGGAUGAAGAAUCAGCAAAUGAAAGAAUUCCCAUAAAAUACAUUCCAUGGAGACAAAUUAUGGUAAGAAAAGGCUACAAUCUGAUUUUGAAAUGCCAACAACACCUAGAGACCAAAAAUUUAAUAGAGUCAGAGUUUAAAAAACUUGAUAUACUAGCAGAUGAAAUAAGAAACGGAUUGGAAAAGGAAGAACAAGAUGCAGCAAGUCAAGAAGCAGAAUCAAUGCAGCAAAAAAACACUACUCCAACAACAGAAACAGAAGAACAAAUUCCUACUGUUAUGGAUCCAGAAAGAGAAAACACCAAGGGAAGAAGCAAGAGAAUAAAAGGACAUUUUGAGAAAGGAAAGCAAGGAAACAAGAAAAAAACAAAAGCAAUGACAGCAAAGGGAGAUACAAGAGAAUUUGGAACAAUCACUCCAAUACAAAAUCCAAAGUUAUUUUAA